AUUAGAAAAUUAGAAUCAUAGUAUCCUGUCCUCUUUCCAGAAGUGAAUCACCGAGGAAUCUAAUGUUAAGUGCAGCGAAGUAGAUGAGAUUGAGAAGGAAGGCAAAAACGUGUCUGACAGCAACUCUGUUAACUGUGACACCCCACUCACUCGACCAUUCCAUUUGUUAACUCAGUCUCAGACACAACACAAUCCAAAAAACACAACAUUCUGGAGAUAAAAUGGCAGCUUGCAUAUUCACGGUGGCACAGGACGGGACCGCAGAUUUCCAAACGGUGCAGGAGGCUAUCGACGCCGUGCCGCUGGGCAACAUUCGCCGGACGGUGAUUCGGGUCUCGCCGGGAAUCUACCGGCAGCCGGUGUAUGUUCCCAAGACCAAGAAUUUCAUCACUCUCGCCGCUCUCAGCCCUGAGGACACCGUGCUUACCUGGAACAACACUGCCACCGGAAUUGAUCACCACCAACCUGCGAGGGUGAUAGGGACUGGGACGUUUGGUUGUGGAACUACCAUUGUGGAAGGGGAGGACUUUAUUGCUGAGAAUAUUACUUUCGAGAAUUCUGCGCCUGAGGGUUCAGGGCAAGCAGUUGCAAUUAGAGUAACAGCAGAUCGAUGUGCCUUCUACAAUUGCAGGUUCCUUGGAUGGCAGGACACACUGUACUUACAUUACGGUAAACAAUAUUUGAAAGAUUGCUACAUUGAAGGAAGUGUGGACUUCAUCUUUGGCAAUAGCACUGCACUUUUGGAGCACUGUCAUAUCCACUGCAAGUCUGCGGGCUUCAUAACCGCACAGAGCAGAAAAUCAUCACAGGAAACAACUGGUUAUGUAUUCUUAAGAUGCGUUAUCACGGGUAAUGGAGGAAAUUCAUAUGCAUAUCUUGGACGACCGUGGGGCCCUUUUGGAAGGGUGGUCUUUGCAUACACUUACAUGGAUCAAUGUAUAAGGCAUGUUGGCUGGGAUAACUGGGGGAAAAUGGAGAAUGAAAGAAGUGUUUGCUUUUAUGAAUACAGGUGUUUUGGACCUGGUUGCUGUCCAUCAAAAAGAGUAACCUGGUGUAGAGAAUUGUUGGAUGAAGAAGCUGAGCAGUUCCUCACGCAUCCUUUCAUUGAUCCAGAACCAGAGAAACCUUGGCUUGCUCAAAGGAUGGCCCUCAGGAUUCCAUAUUCUGCUUGAAAAUUACUUGGGACUGUACUUGAUGAGAAUAUUCCAAACAGACAAUCACACAGUUUAUACGCUUAAUAUCUUGUUUAUUUGGCUUAAGAAAAUAUGCCAUGUUUUCAUCCGUGUGAAGUGCUAGAUGAUGUGUUUUCCUGUAUGAAAUCUCCCAAGAAGCUAUAUUCCCUUCAUUGAAGAAUUUUGUGAGUGUGUUAUAAAUAGAAUAAGAGCUUCAUAUCCAAAAUAUAGAUGAGUUUUUUUUUUUUUGACAUUAAAUAUAGAUGUGUUAGUGGUUGACAUUGUAGGAAUUCAUUCUUGAGACUCAGGUUUCAUACUUGCAAAAUCAAUUCUGGCCAGAAAUGGGCAUUGGAUCAGAGCCAAUUUAAAUAAGAUCCCAUCAGUACUUGUAUUUGGAUUAUCUAAUGUUAUUCAAGCUCAUUAUCUGGUCA